GGGUUCCUCUUUCAAGACAAGACAAAUCAAAGGCUCAGAGGCAAAACAGCUCCCUGAGCACUGAACGCCUCUUCCUCCCUCCUUCCUUCCCUCCCAUCCACUCACUCUCCCUCCCUUGCUCACAGUCCAGCCUCUGUCUAGGGAAGAGGCUCUCAAACAGCCUUAGAUGAUUAUGGAUUUUCUGAGCGAGAAGUUUGCCCUGAAGAGCCAGCCGAGCAAGAACAGUGACUUUUAUAUGGGAGCAGGAGGCAGUUUGGAGCACGUUAUGGAAACUUUGGACAAUGAGUCCUUUUAUAGCAAAACGUCAGGCAGCAAAUGCGUACAGGCCUUCAACCCUCUGCAGAGAGCUGAGCAUCAUGUGAGGCUGGAGAGGACAUCACCCUGCCAGGACAACAGCGUGAACUACGGGAUUACUAAAGUGGAAGGACAGCCUCUUCACACAGAGCUGAGCAGGCCCAUGGACAAUUGCAACAAUCUCAGGAUGUCUCCAGUGAAAGGGCUGCAGGAGAAAGGGGACCUGGAUGAACUUGGUGAUAAGUGUGACAGCAAUGUCUCCAGCAGUAAGAAGAGGAGGCACAGAACAACUUUCACCAGUUUGCAGCUGGAGGAACUGGAGAAAGUGUUCCAGAAAACUCACUACCCUGAUGUCUAUGUAAGAGAACAGCUAGCUCUGAGAACAGAGCUCACUGAGGCCAGAGUCCAGGUUUGGUUUCAGAAUCGAAGAGCAAAAUGGAGAAAAAGAGAACGCUAUGGUCAGAUCCAGCAAGCUAAGAGCCACUUUGCUGCCACCUAUGAUAUAUCUGUUCUUCCAAGGACUGACAGCUACCCUCAGAUUCAGAACAAUCUGUGGGCAGGGAAUGCUGCCAGUGGUUCUGUGGUUACCUCCUGCAUGCUGCCACGAGAUACAUCCUCCUGUAUGACACCUUACUCCCAUUCACCCCGGACAGAUUCUGGCUACACAGGCUUUUCAAACCACCAGAAUCAAUUCAGCCACAUGCCCCUCAAUAAUUUUUUCACUGACUCGUUGCUUUCUGGGGCAACCAAUGGACAUGCUUUUGAAACCAAGCCAGAGUUUGAAAGGAGGUCCUCCAGCAUUGCAGUUCUACGGAUGAAAGCCAAAGAGCAUGCUGCCAAUAUUUCCUGGGCCAUGUAAUAUAGCAGUACCCUCUCUCAAUUUCUUUUUUUUUUUUUUUUAAAGCAAACUAAAACCAUUUUUAUUUCCCAUAUUUAAAGGGAACAACAAUAAGCUGCUGUGUGUGGAAUGCUAGAAAUCACAAUAUACACGAUGUCUGCUUAAAGAAAUGCAAUAUAAUAUUUAACAAUAAACCAAGAAUAAACCAAAUAGAUUUACCAUGCAUCAAGCUCAACAAGCCCUCUUUGUUCUGCUUUUUAUAUAUGUUUUGUUGUACCAGUUGAUGAAAUAUGAUUAUAGAAUUUACAAAAAAAAAAAAUAAAACUACUAAGAAAAUGUGUCUCCUCCAUGGUUUUUAGCAGCCCUGUAUAAAAAAAUUGUGCUUUACAAAUGAAUACUUCAUAAAGGAACAACUUGGUAAAGGAUAAUAAAUUUAUUAUACUAAACUCAUGAUGUAAAUCUCUAAGCACACCACGCAAAGAAGGAAAUAUAUGACCAUUCAUGCUGUACGUAGAAUUUGUAGACUGAGUUCUCUCAGCACUGUGCUGCUGCUCUAAGCCAGCUCUGCUUUUUGCUAAAUGCAUGUUGAGCUUGUUGAAUUUAUAUCAAUGAACUAAUGUAUUAAGAAUAGAAGGUACUACUUUAUCUUAUGGACUUGAGUGUAUUUCUGCUAAAGAGAUUUUUUUUGGAGUCAAGUAUAAUGCUGAAAGUAGGAUCACAGUGUUUAAUAGAUGUGCACAGAUUUUUCAAAGAUGUGCACAGAUUACGUGUCAACUAGUAUAUUUAAAUUAAAGGUUAUAGAGAGGGUGUCAUGAAGCUGAGGUGACUAAAAGACAUGAAAUAGUACUCCUACACUUUUAACAGAAUACAGAUUAAGAAAAAAACCCAAACAACACAAUACUGAGGUCUUCCAGUACAGUCCAUUUUACUGGGUUUUGCUUCUCUGUAGUCAAACUGAAACAAAAAAGUCCAACAAGGCUUGUCAGAUUCAGUUUGUAACUGAUCUUAAGAUGGUAUUAGAGUACUGUUCAUUUGGUUUUAGUUACAUUUCGUUGAAAGUUUGCUUAUAUACUUUCCAGAGUGUAAGACUAGUUUGCUACCUUUAAAGUAUAUAGGAAAAAUCUUUUUGACUGCAAUGGCUGCAGGAUUUGGCUCUCAACUCCCAGCCUAUCACAAAGGAAUUAAAAUGUCAGCAGACUUUCUGACAUUUCUGGUGGAAAAAAAAUAGAGGAGAAGAAAAAUACUUUACAUCUGGAGAAUUGAUAUCUGCUUUGAUUUACUUCUCCUCCCUUUCCCCUGUCACAUUCCAAGCUCCUUCAGAUGAGUGAAAUGUCAGCCUCUUUGAAAGCAACAGUCAGUCUCUCAGGUUCAUAAAGGCAAAGUAAAUUAAUUGAAAUAAAGAAGGACUUGCAUGGCUGUGAUUAGAACAGGAUACAAGUCUCGGGGCACCCCCUGCUCGUUCUUGCUUUUCUCUCUGGCCAUUAGUUAGGAACAGAGGGCGCACGGGGGAAGAAGGGAAGAUCGGGAAGCAGAUUUCACCACAGAACUGCAGAACUACCAGUACUCACAAAAGCAAACACAGGAAUCCCCAGAUUUUCUCUUCUCCCACUCAGGAGGGCUAAACUUGAAACAAAAAUAAGAGAUGGGCUCAUUCUGUAGCCUUUCAAGGGAAUAAACAAACUUGACUUUGAAACCAUCAGGAUCAACUGAAAAUGGGGUUUUUACAGCAGAGUCUUAUACAGCUGAAAGGAAGGUUGUCUUAUUUUCCACUAGUAAUAAACUCAAAUUUUAACACAUGCAUAUACUCCAAUUUGUGGUUUCCUGAUUUGGUUCCCCUUCUAAAAAUUAGCUUCAACUUUGGCCUGAGGAGCUGGAAAAGAGUAUUCUGGCUAGAAGUUAUCUUUCAAUUUUUUAUGGUCUGUUUAGACAGCAGUAAAACUAGACUCAUGAUUUAAAGCAAAAAAAAAAAAAAGUUAUUGGUACAGGUAGAGGCAUUAGUUUUGUAUAGACACUUUUGCCACAUGCAGAAGAAUGCAAAUGGUGGAAAUACAAGCGAUUUUUUAGCAAACUGUUUUCAGUUUUUGGUUUUUUUUUUGUUAUAUUUUAUUCAGUUUCCACAUCACUACUUUUUAAGGUAUAAUAUUUAGAACAUGCCAAAAAAAUUUCCACAAUUUUUUGUUAGGGUUUCAUUAGUGGACAAAGAAUAAAAUGUUUAACUGGCAAUCUCCAAUCCAUUUUUGUUCUUGCAUCUGUCAAUUUACUUAUUUUCAUAGAAGAAUUUUCUAUUGUUUUCUUCUGAAAUCUCCCCAAAAUAAUUUGUGCAAGGCUUUUUAUGUCAGGAUUAAAAUGUAACAAUUCCUAGGAAUUUAUUGCAAGUGCAGAUUUAUUACAGAAUAAGUAUCCAUUUUCAAGAUAUUACAACAAUUUUACAUGCUUGAAGCUUCCAAAAUCAAAGGGGAAAAAUAAAAGUCCCUGUCAUCUUCCUGCUGAUUUUAAUUAAGUGAAAGGGAUGCAAGUGUAAUUAUUCGUCAUCCUCAAAUCCAGCAAUGGAAAUUUUUUGUUACUUGUUGCUAGCAUAAGUUUGUAUGUUAAAUAAAUAGGUAUUCAACCCCUCAUUAAACCUGAGGUGUGAUAAGUUGCAGGCCUGCAUUAAGCUUGUCAUGCUCUUGCAUCAGCCUCGUCUCGAAGAAUGAAUGAUAGCCUGUUGGUUGCAGCGUUUCAUUUAGCUAAUGAAAAAGUAUCUUCGUGUUAGAUGUCAAGUACUACAACAGGGUCACAUUCUGCCACUUUUAUUUAGUAGUGCUUUACUCCGUGAGUAGUCGCAUUGAUGGGACUGAGACUACUCACAUAGGCCAAAUUGUGAAUCACUUGUAAAUGUUUAUUCACAAUGGCCCCAUUCAUGCAAAAAAAAGCCUCUCAGCACAACAUGAGUAAUCGGUUCAUAAUCAGGCCCGGCUUAAGGUACUAUUCAGCUCUAGUAGGGAUGGCAGAAUCUGGCCCGUGCUGGCUUAAGGCCAGACUCAGAUUUUUUAAGCAAGAUGAGUAGCUCCUUAUUCCACAAAUAGUGCAGAGAAACCCAGCAGGGCUAUUUGUAGUGUUCUCUUUUUCUAAGAAAAUUCUACAAAAGAGACAUUUAAAUAUAUGUAAAUAACUUAAGUGAGUUUUUAUGAAAGGGAAAUUAUUUUAUUUUCUACUGGAUUAUACUCCCACAUUUGACAGGACUUGUGUUCUUGUGCUUUGAUUUUAUCCCUUAAUGACUUCUUCUCUUGAGCAACUAAUCUUUUCACUUCUUGAACAUGUGGAAAAUGCACUAAAAACAAAAGGAGGUGAUUUACAAAGCCUUCCUGCCAAGCAUGUUAACUAAAGUUUGAGAUAUGUGGUCAUCAUGCUAUGCUGAGAAGUAAAUUUAUAGAACUUUUGGGCAAAGAGUCCCUAUCCUGUUAAAAGAGAAAGUGAAAUAUUGUUCUAAUUAUUGAUGCACUGUUUGUUUUUUUUCCUGUGAUUGAUUCAUCAACAU